CCACAAACCACAGACCACAAGUCCAAAAACCACUAGGUACUGUCUGUACUAUGCUCCGUUAACCUACGAGUACCUAGGUAGUUACUAGACGUACACCUUAGAUACCGUAACGGGAGCAUUUCAUGAUCACGGCACCGACCAUUUCGUCACACACAUACCAACUCACACACACACACACACACACUUUUUCUUUACACGCACACACAAUCUCUCUUUCUCACACACACUCACUCUCUCCUCCCUCUUACUCUACUCUUUUCCGACCCCCUCCUCCUGCGUGCACCAAUUCCGUGCCGGCAUCUUUGCGCUGGCCCUUCCCUUGUGCCCAGUCUUAUUCUCUUGUCCAAGCGUCCGCCUUUCCUAUGCCCUGGUCCAUGGCGCACAUCUCAAUUGAACCUCGACGCAUGCUUGCCCUAUAGCAUCACUGCUGCUUUUUGUCUAUGCCCUCUCCAUCUUCCCCACUGCAUCUGCAACAAAAACCAAUUGCUUAUCGUUCUUCACACACCCCCAAACCUCAUCAUUCCCCCCCCUCCGCCCCUCCCUCUCCUAAAGAGGAUAACACUCAUUUCCUGUUCUAGACCUUUG